AUGCCGCCAAAAAAGGCAGAACCGGCGAAGAAGAAGAAGGCGACGGUGGAGGACAAGACGUUUGGUAUGAAAAAUAAAAAAGGAGCCACCGCCAAGAAACAAAUAGCACAGCUCCAGGCGCAAGCACAGUCGAACAAGAGCGCAGACCAGAAGAAAAAGGACGCCGAGAAGGAGAGGCGAGAGAAGGAUAAAGCCGCCGCGGAGCUGGCCAAGCGAGAGGCAGCAGAACUUUUCAAGCCAGUUCAGGUACAAAAGGUUCCGUUUGGUGUAGACCCGAAAACAGUUCUAUGCCUGUUCUUUAAGAAGGGAGGCUGUGAAAAGGGAAAAAAGUGCAAAUUCAGCCAUGAUCCUGCAGUGGAACGGAAAGCAGAAAAGAGAGAUUUAUACUCGGAUUCGCGGGAUGGUGAAAAUGAAAAGCAAAACGAUACCAUGGACAACUGGGAUGAGGAGAAACUGCGUAACGUCGUUUUAAGCAAGCAUGGCAAUCCAAGAACUACAACCGACAAGGUCUGCAAAUUUUUUAUUGAGGCUGUUGAGAACCAGAAAUACGGCUGGUUCUGGACAUGUCCAAAUGGAGGGGAUAAAUGCAUGUAUAAACACAGUCUUCCUCCAGGCUUUGUCUUAAAAACUAAGGAGCAAAAGGCGGCUGAGAAGGCCCUUAUGGACAAAUCACCUCUUAAUACACUUACUCUGGAAGAGUUCCUGGAAUCGGAACGCCACAAACUAACAGGGACUCUCACACCUGUUACAGAAGAGUCCUUUGCGAAGUGGAAGCGUGAGCGUCUUGAUAAGAAGGCUGCUGAAGAGGAAGCGCGAAAAGCCAAGGAGGCGACAGGCCGCGCACUGUUCGAAAGUGGAAAUUGGAAGGACUCGGAAGACGAAGAGAGCGAUGACGAGGACGAAAGGCAGGGCGUAUGGAAUUUAGAGGCGAUGCGAAAAGAGACGGAAGAUUUGUUUGACCAGUCAGAGCAAGAUCGUGUUGCGAAGCUGCAAGGCGGCGCAUCUCUCGGCAACGCAGUGGACCCAGGCUCGACGCCUGAAGUAACAGGUGCGGGAUAG